AUGGGUAGGAAAAUACCGAGCAAGAAGCACAACAAGCUAAAAUCCGUAGACCCUUUCAACAGGAAACCCAACUCCGCCGCAUUGCAAGGAAAAGACGAUCUGAAGAACAGAGCGCCCAAGAAAUUGACACAAGAGGCUCCCAGCGCUUUGAAACGACUCUUCGAUGUGGAUGAAGAGCCCUCCCAGAGAAAAAAGAAGAAGAGGAGCUCCAGAAUGACAGUGCAAACCGUGAACCACCGAGAGGAAACCACCGCGAUCGUCGCUCAGAAUGAGUAUGAAACGGACACACAAUUCCUGCGGAGGGUAUCUCAGAUGGCUAAUCGAGCUCGCGAACAAGCCGACAUAUCACAGAAGUUCGAUGUCCGCUUCAAAGAGGACGGCACUGCGGUUCCCGACGCACCGCGGGACUUCGUUGCGCCCUCACGGUCCAAGAGACGACUGCAAAAGCUCACCGAGAGGAAGAAAGCGAAACGACUGGCGAAGGGAAAGAUAGCUCCCGAAAAGAUUAUCAGAGAAUUUCCCACGAAAAGCGAGGUGGCGUUCGGGGAAACUGUUCAUGCACCCCCAGAAAUCACAGCCAAAGUCCGAGGCGCAGCGGAACGGGAUCCCAAGCGAACUGCGGCGAACCUCCUCUGCAACCCUGGGAAGAGCUCGGAGGAGAGGAAGAAAAUUAUCGGCGAUAGACCCGCCGCCGAGAAAAUCCGUUGGAAGAACUUGGAACAGAGCAAGCGACAAGAACUCGAGGAGGAACGCAAGCGAGUUGUGGAAGCCUAUAGGAAAUUGAAGAGUAAAUGAAGUGUCGAA